CCCAUCAAACGGUGUAGGAAGCCCGAGCGAGAGGGAGAAGCGCUCAAUUCCUCCCGAGUUUCUCCUCAAUUCCGCUUCGUCUCCUUCCCUAUCCUCGAUCCGCCACGGCUUUUGCCGGCGGCGAAUCUCAAUAGCCGGCCAAGAUGUCGGCAAGGCGCCGCGUCCUGCUUCUGCUCAAGCCUCUCGACGUCUACCCCCCGAGGCCCCCUGCUAUUCCCAAACCGCCCUCCGCCACCUCCUCCACUUCUUCCCUACGUGGGCUAGACCAGAAGAUCUUAAACUAUCUCAAUGACAGGUGCAGGGUGCAUAAGGAUACGAUCAAUUUUUGCCAGGGCGUCUUGCGACGCAAGCCUCUUGAUUGGGAACCUGUAGAACGGAACAAUUUGUCUCAUCCAAUCCGUCGUGCAGAUCUAGUGAUCACUGUUGGUGGAGAUGGUACUCUUUUGCAGGCGAGCCACUUUUUGGAUGACUCGGUUCCAGUUUUAGGAGUGAAUUCCGACCCCACGCAAGUUGAUGAGGUUAAGAAGUUCAGUGAUGAAUUUGAUGCAACAAGAAGCACUGGCUAUCUUUGUGCUGCUACCGCAGGUAACUUUGAGCAGGUGCUAGAUGAAAUUCUCGAGAACCAUAAGCACCCGACUGAACUCACAAGAAUAUCAAUCAACUUGAACAAUCGUCAAUUACCAACCUUUGCUUUGAAUGAUGUUUUGGUUGCACAUCCUUGUCCAGCAUCAGUUUCUCGAUUCUCAUUUCGAAUCAAAAGCAGCAGAGAAGCGAGUUCACAUUUAGUUAACUGCCGAUCAAGUGGUCUUAGAGUUUCUACUGCAGCAGGAUCAACAGCUGCAAUGCUCUCAGCCGGAGGCCAUCCCAUGCCCAUCUCCAGUAAUGGCCUUCAGUACAUGGUGAGGGAGCCGGUUUCACCGAGAUACCUCGACACUCCAUUGAUGCAUGGAUUAUUAGAACCUGAUCAGCUGAUGCACGUCGCAUGGUAUAGUCAAGAAGGUGUCAUAUAUGUUGAUGGCUCGCAUGUCAAGCAUUCAGUUCAGCAUGGAGAUACAAUUGAAAUAUCGUCAUUGGCUCCCAUUUUGAAAGUUUAUCUGCCUCAAAAAGAGCAUCCAUAAACAACUUAUCCUCGUAAUUAAUCGCCUAGUCUGAUUGAUGAAAAUGGAUGUGGUAUUAAUCUUGGAAAUAUGGUGCCAUUGAAGCAGCCUUUUUUUUUCCUUUUUCUUUCAAUAUUAUUGCGUCAAUUUCUUUGAUGUACAAUUUGCUUCCUGAUCAGAAUUAGUAUCAAAAUUCAACUCAAACCUUUUGUACUCUUAUGUAUAAAGAGAAUGCUAAUAGUGUCUUUGCAUGAA